GAGCAGUGGGAGUCCACAAAACGAGCUCAGGCUUCAGGCUGACGGCGGUCGCGUGACUGCAUAUGCUGUCCUGCGGCGGACACCGAGCGAAUACACGCCAGGGAAGGCUUUAUGUUCCACGGCUAGGACUGCAAGAAGCAUCGAGAACAUGGGUGUGGAAGUAGAAACAAUAUCUCCUGGUGAUGGAAGCACAUUUCCAAAGAAGGGUCAGACCUGUGUUGUUCAUUACAUAGGUAUGCUGCAGAAUGGGAAAAAGUUUGACUCGUCCCGAGACAGAAACAAGCCCUUCAAGUUCAAGAUUGGACGAAGCGAGGUCAUUAAAGGCUGGGAAGAAGGUGUGGCUCAGAUGAGCCUGGGCCAGCGGGUGAAGCUCACGUGCACACCAGACAUGGCCUACGGCGCGACGGGCCACCCCGGGGUCAUCCCCCCCAACGCCACACUCAUUUUUGAUGUAGAACUUCUCAAACUGGAGUAAAAGCAAGACGGCUAAACAAGUUCACAGUUUGGGGCUUGGAGGGAGCUUGGACCCUCCUCUUGCCUCCUCUUCCUUCCUCCCUGCCAUCCCUCUCCUCUUCAGUUUUUUAUUUAAAAGCAUAUACAUGGUGGCCAUCUUUUAGCAAUAUUUACCAUGGCAUGCUAUUUGGUGUUGCUUAGAGCUGUAGAUUUUGUCAAAAGUGAAAAGGAAAAGGUGUACUACUGUAUACUACAAUCAAAAAACAUGCACACACUGCCUUACAGUGUUACCAACAGAACAAAAGCACAUGAAAAGUCCCAAUAUUUCUGCUGUGCAUCCUGACCGGGCAUUUUUACUAUAUAUAUAUAUAUAUAUAUAUAUAUAUAUGUAUAUAUAUAUAUAUAUAUAUAUACUGUAUGUAUAUGUAUAUAUAUAUAUAUAUAUAUAUAUAUAUAUAUAUAUAUAUAUAUAUAUAUAUAUAUAUAUAUAUAUACAUACAGUAUAUGUCUGCAUCGCCACUUUAAUGAUCAGGGUUUGUCCUGCUGAAUGCACCUGCUAAAUAUAUAUUUGUAACACUCAUUAAAAAGCAGUUACAGUA